UGCAGACACCACGAGCCAUGAGUCCUCUGAGGCUGCGAGCGUCUCUCUCGUUGCUGCUGCUGCUGCUGGGUGGCUGCCUCCUCGAGGGCGCCGGGAGAACCCAGGGGGCGGCCGGCAGCGCGGUCGAGUCGGCCCCGGGCCCCGCGGGCGGCUCCUCCGGUCGCUUCGUCAGCCCCGAGCGGCACGCGUGCAGCUGGCAGCUCCUGCCGCCCGCCCCAGGGCCCGCGGCGGGCAGCGAGCUGGCGCUGCGUUGCCAGGGCCCGGACGGGGCGCGCCACCAGUGUGCCUACCGCGGGGAGCCGGGGCGCUGCCCGGUCUAUGCCGCCCGCCGCUCGCACUUCUGGAAGCAGGUGCUAGGUGGGCUGCGCAGGAAGCGGCGGCCCUGCCACGACCCCGCGCCGCUCAAGGCCCGCCUGUGCGCGGGCAAGAAGGGCCAGGGCGCGGAGCUGCGCCUGGUGCCCCAUGCAUCCCCAUUCGUCAGCCCUACUGGGGCGGGCUUUCCCCGGGAUCCCAAGCUCCGGGCCAGGAGCCGGGGGAAGCCCCGAGACACCGCGCGCGGCCCCGCCGCAGGGGCCCCGCCUCCCCCGAACGCACCGCCCGAAGGGAAGCCCUCUGAGAAGAAGACCAAAGGAGGCAAGAGAAAGGCUGCCUGGGACCUAGAUGAGGGGCGACCUCUGGGGACCCGGCCCGAUCCCGACGAGCUGGACGAGAACGCGAAGCUCACGGAGACCUACUGUGCUGAGAAGUGGCAUUCCCUCUGCAACUUCUUUGUCAAUUUCUGGAAUGGCUGA